AUGGCGUGGGUCGACGCCGAACGCCAGAUACAGUCCAGUCACAAAGACUUGACGUUCGAAGACAGUUGUGAAAGAGGCUGCCCUCAAAGCGGCGUGCUGGAGCCAGGUGUCGGGAUCGAGAUGGAACCAUCCCCAAGUGAAGCUAGCAGUGGUCCCAAUUCAAUCUCAACUGCUAUCUCCACAGGACCGCAUCGAGCGCAGCUACUUACGCGACCACACCGAGCUGCAAGUCGUUUUGACGGGACCAUUAACGUGGCAAGUCUACAGCAACGGUCGCUCUUUCGUUGCGUAACACAACUUCUCAGUUCCAUAUGUCCUCAGUUAAUCGAAGGAGCAUCACGUUCAUCCGACUGGACACAUUCAGUGAUGAUUAGAUUCCAUGAAGGGGAGGGGGAAUCUGCACUUGAGCAUGAUUUCCCACGAACCAUUUCUUCUUCUCAACCAGAGCCGCCGAAAACGUGCAUGGAGCGGUUUCGAACAUUGUACAAACGCUAUCAUAUUAAGCACUUAUUCCCUUUAUUCUUUAUCAUGUUCUAUAUGGGGAUCGGUUCUGUGAUAUUCUAUUUACUUGAGUCUUCAACAGAUCAAAGCGCGAAGAACGAACAGUAUCAGACAUAUAUUCGUGAACGAGAACUUCUGCGACGUCGCAUGGAUGAGAUACUUAGCGAUAGAGCGGCAAGGAGAAGAGAAGUGCGGAGAAGAUUUAUCGAUGAUGCAGUCGAGCAUUUUCAAGAAAAACUCGGGUUUUCGGUAAGUAACGAAUCUCAAUGGAGUCUAAUGUCGGCAAUGUAUUAUUCUGGGACUCUUUUUACAACGAUAGGUUACGGCGACAUCGCUUGUGUUACGGUAGCUGGUCGAAUACUUACUGUGAUUUAUUCAUGCAUCGGUAUUCCUUUGAUGCUUAUAACCCUCAAUGAUCUGGGGAAAUUUCUGUACAAUAACAUCAACGGUUGCGUCAAGAACAUCGAAGACUUUGGCGCAUACUUGGGCGUAUUUCGUGUCUGUGCCAAAAGAAUCCAAAAGGCAGAUGAAGUUGACAUGGUUGAACGAGGGGAAACGCAUACCGGUGAAAUCUCGUCUCUGGCUUCAGAAAUUGGCAGCCUGCCAUCCAUUGGCGACAUUGAGGAACCAGGAGAGCCAAAACUGCCACGGAUGAGUGUUAAGGUAGCACUUGGCAUAACUAUUAGUUGGAUAUUUUUUUGUUCUGCACUGUUCGGGUUAUGGGAGGACUGGACUUACGCUGAAAGCUGCUAUUUUAUGUAUAUCAGUUUGUCAACUAUUGGUUUGGGUGAUAUCUCUGUGGCGAGGAGGGACAUGAUGGUGCUUUGUUUUGUUUUUGUGAUUGUUGGACUUUCAUUGGUCAGCAUGAGUAUAAACGUUGUACAGGUGGCACUCGAAGACUUCUACAUCAACUUAAUGAUGAAAAUUAUCAUUGAAUAUCAGGAAAAAAUGGCAGCUGGUGGCGAUCAGAUGGGCGCAUCUGUAGGAAUGAUGCGCAUGUGGGGUGGCAACAAGACUGCUAAGUAUUUGAUGCCUCUUUUGAGUAAAGAAAAGAAGCGUGUUGCAAUGGAAAAAGUUGAGCAAGAGGCGCAGUCAAAAGGCCUUGAAAUUCCGCCUAUUCUCACGGAUUUAGAUGAUAAAACUGGGAUGCCGAAAUUGUUCAAUUUUGAGCACAGUAAUGAGGACGAACCGCCCCCGCCUGAACUGGAACAGAUGGUACAAAAGCAGGUAAUGUUGGAAGAGGCUAACGAAAUUCCCAUAUUUUUGGCACAUGAAACUGCAUGUCAGACAGAUACGUUAGAAACUUCCGAUAAAAUGGAGCAAACUGUGGACAAAGUAGUCGAAGACACUUCUUGUCAAACAGAAGAAGGCAAGGUGUCUUCUCAAGAGUCGGAAACGCAAACUGAGGCGAAAGACGGAUAUAAUGUGGAAACGCAGACGUUUAGCGUUGAAACUGUAGACAAGGAAGUUCUCACAACACUGUCGCCAUUGCUGGAUGCCCUGUGCCAAACUGAGUCUUCGGUGACUAUGGACCAGAUAUCGCAGACAAAUCAAGCUGAUCAAGUGGAUGUGGAGACUAGCACUGAAUUGGAGACGAAAAGCGUCCGCAUACAGACGCCGUGUCCAAUUAUCGAGCAUAAAACAAUCCAAACUGAAGAUUUAGAAGAUCGUAAAUCGCCGUCAAAGAUGUCAUCAGCAAAGAAGCGGAUUCGACGAGCAUUCGCAAAAUCGAAACCGACUAGGUCUGCAGUAACUGAUACACCAUCAAUGAGUGAAUGGAAGGACGUAAGUGAGGAGGAGAAUGCAACUCCCGAAGAAGAAUUAUCCGAGGAAUCGCUGCACUGGGAUCCGGUUGAUGGUAUGCAUGCAGAAAAGCAACUACCAGUGGCGACGUUAGCUUCAAUGUUCGACCGAAAUGUCACACCUGAUCGAGCGAAAAGCAAAGACAAGCGGAAAUCACUUACAACCUUCAAAAAGGAAGGAGAUUCGCGUACGAGAACAUCGUCACGAUGA